CACUGCAAGAGAGCCCAAAGAAUACCGGAUGCGAGUUCACAUAUUUGGAGCAGCAUCAUCGCCUGGAUGUGCUAACUAUGGCAUGAAAUACCUCGCCAGCAAAUAUGAGAAUGAUUACCCAUUGGCUGCAGUCUUCAUCCGGAAAAAUUUCUAUGUGGAUGAUGGGCUUAUCAGUGUCGAUUCAGUUCAAAGAGCCAACCAGCUUGUGAAUGAAGCACGGGAAGUCUUUAGUAAAGGACAGCUGUGCUUACACAAAUUUGUCUCUAACAACAGAAAGGUUUUGGAUGCAAUUCCAGAGAGUGAACGGGCAAGUGCAGUGAAGGAUGUGGACCUGAACUACAGCGAGCUUCCAAUGCAGAGUGUGCUGGGAGUGAAGUGGAGCAUAGAGACGGAUGCGUUCUCAUUCAAUGUCGUCCUCAAUGAAAAGGCAGCCACCCGGCGAGGAAUCCUAUCAACGGUAGCUAGUGUAUACGACCCAUUAGGAUUUCUCUCUCCCUACAUCUUGACUGGGAAAAGAGUGCUGCAAGAGAUGUGCAAACGAGGUGUAGGAUGGGAUGAACAUGUUCCCCUUGAACUGAAGCCAAAGUGGGAAACAUGGCUCCAUGACCUGGAAAAUCUUGAGAAAAUUCAAAUACCAAGAUGCUUCAUUCCUGAUCACCUCAGCACAAUACGAAAAAUUGAGCUGCAUCAUUUUUCAGAUGCCAGCAACAAUGGCUAUGGGCAAUGUUCUUAUAUCAGGAUUGUUGCUGAUGAACAAGUACAUUGUGCAUUAGUCAUGGGUAAGGCCAGAGUGGCACCCACAAGGGUGGUCAGCAUUCCACGCCUUGAGCUCACUGCAGCUACAGUCUCUGCUGCUGUGAGUAGUGUCCUUAGAGAAGAGCUGGAGCUGAAAAUAGACCAGGAGUUUUUCUGGACUGAUUCACAGGUGGUGCUCGGGUACAUCAAGAAUGACGCCCGACGCUUUCAUGUUUUUGUAGCAAAUCGCGUCCAGAAAAUAAGAGACACUACUGAUCCUAGUCAGUGGUUCUACGUCGAAACAAGCCAGAAUCCAGCCGACCACGCAUCUAGGGGUCUCAAGGUGGCAGACCUAAUAGAAUCAAAUUGGCUCAGAGGACCAAAGUUCUUAUGGGAACAAGAAAUUGUUUUUAGCCAAAGAUCCCCAGAGCUUCUUGUAGGUGACCCAGAGGUCAAAGUCCUGAAAACAGAUGCUGUUGAAAGAGACAGCUUCCUCCAUAGGCUGUCAAGACUCUCAGAUUGGAAUACAACCCUCAACAUUAUUGCUCGGAUUCAGAGACUGGCACACAAAGACAGGUCUGGACCCAUUAGUGUAGAGGAACGAAGAGAAGCCGCUCUUGUGCUCAUCAGAGCAGCACAAAGAGAAGCCUUUGAAAAGGAGUUGAAAUUGUUUAGUCAGGAAUCCACAAAGCUACCAAAAACUCACAAGAUGUAUCAACUUGACCCUAUCUUUCAGAAUGGAUUGCUCAGGGUUGGUGGCAGGUUGAGAAUGUCCUCCGCAUCAGUUGAGUUGAAACAUCCAGUGAUCCUUCCUAAGGAAGGCAUUGUCACACAGCUUAUACUUGACCACUGUCACAAAAGGACUCAGCACCAAGGCCGAGGUCAAACCUUGAAUGAGCUCAGAGCCAGCGGAUAUUGGAUAAUAGGUGCAAGCAAGGUAGUGGCCAAGCACAUCAAGAGUUGUGUCACUUGCAGAAAGGUGCGUGGACGGACUGAAGAACAGCGAAUGGCAGACUUACCUGUUGACCGAGUAGAUCCAUCUCCUCCAUUCUUGUACACCGGAAUUGACUGUUUCGGGCCAUUCAACACGAAACAAGGUCGAAAGGAAUUCAAGCGGUAUGGUCUGUUGUUCACAUGUCUAAGCUGCAGGGCCAUCCACUUAGAAAUGUUGGAGGAUCUCACAACAGACGCAUUUUUGAAUGCUUUGAGAUGCUUCAUAGCAAUUAGAGGAGCGGUAAGACAAAUCCGAUCUGACCAAGGUACUAAUUUCCUUGGAGCAAAGAAUGAGUUGGAGAGAGGUCUAAUGGAAUUUGACAAGGAAAGGAUUUCAACUUACCUUGCAAGAAAGCAAUGUGACUUCCUGAUGAAUGUGCCUGAAGCAAGCCACAUGGGAGGCAUUUGGGAACGCCAAAUACGGACGGUUAGGAGCGUGAUGAGUUCUGUUCUGGCACAGGCUAAAGGGAGACUGGAUGACACCUCUUUGAGGACAUUCUUCUAUGAAGCCAUGUCAAUUGUUAACAGUCGUCCACUCACAACAAACACAAUCAAUGAUCCUAAAGGUGUUGAACCUUUGACACCUAACCAUUUGCUCACAAUGAAGUCCAUUGUGCCCCUCGCGCCUCCAGGCAAAUUUGUCCGGGAAGAUUUGUAUGCCAAGAAGAGGUGGCGUAGAGUGCAGUACCUCUCGGAACAAUUCUGGAGCAGGUGGCGCAAGGAAUACCUGGCCAGCAUAAGCCUCAGACAACAGUGGCAUGUGCCCAGAAGAAAUGUGCAAGUUGGGGAUGUCGUUAUUGUCAAGGAUGACAAUAUUCCCAGAAAUGAGUGGAAGCUAGCCAGAGUUGUUGAGGCAAGGGCAGAUGGUGAUGGUCUUGUGCGAAAGGUCAAAAUUCAAAUAGGACAAAGUAAUUUAGGAAAGAAAGGUGAGCGCAUAACGCAACUUUCUUCACUUGAGCGUCCAGUUCAAAAAUUAGUGGUGCUAGUGGAGCAGAAUUCAGACUAGUAUCCUAAAACAUUAAACAGGAAAUAUUAAACUUUCAGACUAAGCUGUUCAAAACCAAGUGUCAAAAAUUAGUUGCUAAAUGUAUAGGAAAAUUACAUGAUUUAUUCAGUUUAUUCAGAAUAUGGUUAACAUAAAUCUUUGUAAUUUUGGUGGCAGUGUAGCUGUCGCUGAAAGCAACAUGGGUCUUUUCUUUCUUUAAGCCUUUAAAGUAUUUAUUUGUUAUGUUAUUAUUACAAUAAUGCAAUGUAAAUAUUAAUAGUAAUUUGCCUAUGUGAGUUUUGUUUUACAAGGGUUGCAGAAAUAGUGACACCUACAGGUUAAACUAGUGAGCUGCAUUUAAUUUAAGUUACUGUGGUCAUGUGAUUAGCCUAACUAAUAGCAGUGCAAAAAUGUGCAUGCAGUUUUUUGGUGCUACGCUGUACACGGAGUUAGAUGCUAAAGAAGAGAAUAAUUAAACAGUAAAGCGUUACAGCAACUCCUAGAUUUCUGGUCGGAAGGCGCACACGUUUUUCACGGUGUUUGAUGGUGUUUGAUGGUGUUUGACGGUGUUUGACGGUGAUUGAAUGCGCUUAAGUUGUGAAGGAAUGCAAUUAAAGAAACGACAAACAUCAGUUGAAGCGUACGUUUUAAUCUGACCAGAAGAAUAAGUUUGGGAGCAGCUACAAGUACUUUUAAUAAUUGGAUGGAAAUCCUUUGCAUUCAAGGACUGCUUGAAAUCUGGAAGCAAUAGACAUCACAAAAUGUUUGUUUGUGGUUCUUUCUGCCUUCAGUUUUGUCUUCAGUAAGAGAAAAGCAGCUCAAUUGGGUUGAGGUCAUUUGAUGUGUAAGAACAUUUAAUUUCGUUGCCUUACAACUUAAGAAGCUCUUGGGUUGCUUUCACGGUAUGUUUUGGCUCAUUAUCCAUAUAUAAUAUUAAGUGCUGUCCUAUCAGUUUUACAGAAUUUGACUGAAUCUGAGCAGAAAGUAUAGCUCUAUAUGCUUCAGAAUGCUUCAGUGACCCAGUUCCAUUGGCAGUCAUACAUGCCCAUGCCAUAACACUUCCUCCACAUGUUUUACAAAUGACGUGGUAUACUUUGGAACAUGAGCCCUUCCUUUCCUUUUCCAUACUCUUCUCUUCCCAUCAUUCUGGUACGUUAAUCUUGCAUCAGAACGGGUCAAAAAAGAUUUUUUUUUGCAAAGUCUAAUCUGGCCUUUCUGUUCUUCAGUAUUACCAGUGAUUUGCAUUUUGAGGUAAACCGUCUGUAUUUACAUUCAUGAAGGCAUCUCUUGAUUGUAGACCUUGACAAAGAUAUGCUUACCUCCACCAGAGUGUUGUUAACUUGGCUAGAUGUUGUGAAGGGGUUUUUCUUCAACAAGGAAAGAAUUCUGCAUUCAUACACUUUAGUUGUCUUCUGUGAUCAUCCAGGCCUUUUGGUGUUGCCGAGAUCAACAAUGAAAUUUUUCUUUUUAAGAAUUUAGCAAAUUGUUGGUUUGGCCCCUCCUAAUGUUUAUGCGAUCUCUGUGAUAGGCCUCCUUCACGUGCAUCAAUGCCUCUUUGGACCGAAUAUUGAGAGAUACAAUGAACAGCUACCAAAUACAAAUUCAAUGCUUGGAAUCAACUCCAGACCUUUUGUCUCCUUAAUUUGUCAUGAAAUAAUGAGGAAACAGGUCAUACCUGCCCAAGAAACUGAUAAUUGCUUAUCAAUUAUCCAAUUAUUUUUAAGACUUUGAAAAUGAAAGGACUCUAACAAAAAUAUUGCAUUAACUGUUUAGGAAUUACAGCCAGUUUUACAAAGUCCUAAAGCUGAAAAUCUACAUUUCAAUGACAUCUUGAUUGUUUCAUUUCAAAUCCAUUGUGGUGGUGUACUGCAAAUUGUCACGA